GUGAGUGAAGAGUAGUAUAACAACUUCACAAGAAUCAACACUCUUUGGUUGAGCAAUAUGGCUUUCACAGCAUUAGACAUGUGUGAGGAGAAUAUGGUUUUCAGUUUGGAGUCUCAGAAGUCAGUGCCUGCACCUUUCCUGACAAAGACAUACCAGCUUGUUGAUGACCCUCUCACUGACCACAUUGUGUCUUGGGGUGAAGAUCACAUCACAUUUGUUGUGUGGAGGCCCCCUGAGUUUGCUAGAGAUCUUCUUCCCAACUAUUUCAAACAUAACAACUUCUCAAGCUUUGUUAGGCAACUCAACACCUAUGGUUUCAAGAAGUUAGUUGCAGAUAGGUGGGAGUUUGCAAAUGAGUUCUUCAGAAAAGGAGCUAGGCACCUGUUAUGUGAAAUCCACAGGAGAAGAACACAUAAUCAUCAGCACCAUCACCAACUCCACCUUGUUCAACCACCACAGAUUCUUCAGCAAGAUCAUGAAAGUCUCUGUUGGCCUGACCCUCCAUUAUUACCAUCUCCUAAAUUAAGCACAGAUAUUUUAACAGAACUUUCUGAGGACAACCAGAGACUAAGAAAAAAGAACUUUAUGCUCUUAUCAGAACUCAGUCAAAUGAAGAAUCUGUACAAUGACAUUAUAUAUUUCAUCCAAAACCAUUUAAAACCAACAACACCCUUUGACCAAAGAAGCAGUAGUGCUUUCCCAAGGCUGGUGGAUUUGGAUAUGUUGCCUGAUUCUCGAACAGAUGUGGGACUAAGAAAUAUGAAAAGAUGUAUCAUAAAGAAGUCUUUGAUAAGUUGUAAUGAGGAAUCAAACAGUUCUGUGAAGCUCUUUGGGGUUCCAUUAAUUGGAAAAAAAAAGAUUGCACUCAGAUAACAUAAAUUGAUGGACAAAUGUAUUGAAAGGGUGUCUCAUGAGGUUUAUUAGCUUGCAUUUAGAUUGCCCUGACUGUUUUUAUUGAGUAGAAUCUCUUUUGUUUAAAAAGACAAGGAUCUUCUAGGGAGUUAAUCAUGUUCGAGCUAGGUAUGAUUAGCUUUUUCUACCAGAUAUUUAACGCGUGCAGGUGCAUUCAUUUCUGGUACUAGUUGAUCUAUGCGUUUGGUGGUAACUUGAGCAGAAUCUUUUUAGUCAUGUAUAGCGCUGGUUGAUGUUUUCAUUAGAUUUUGGUAUUCCCUUUUUGCAAUCUUAUUGUUGGAGUUGUAAAUUAUAUUA